UCCGACCGGGCCAGGGCACUACGGGGCGAUUCCCGGAGGCCACGUCGGAGGCGAGCUGUGCCGCCGCCCUUGGGGGGCAACCGCGGGGCACACCGCCGCCGGAGCCCCGGGGGAUGGGUGGGGAGGGCAGUGUCCCUCCCAAACGCCCGAGCCCCUUCCCGCCCGGCCAAAGAGAAGUGGGGCGGCCUGCCCCGGCGGUGGCGGGAUCAGGAGGAGGAGUCUCCUGCGGCGCCCGGGAGCCCGCUCGGAGAAUGUCUCCGUCCCACUCCUCCUCCUCCGCCUGCCCCUUUGCCGCGCAGCCCGCAGCCGGGAAGGGCCGCCGCCGCGCAGCAUGGGGAGCUGCUGGCUGCGCCUCGCCGCCCUGCUCGCCCUGGGCUCCUGCCCCAGCCUGGCGUACGAGGGAUCGGGAUAUUCAGCCCUUGAAGAUGACGAAGAUGUGUAUGCGCGCAAUAGAUAUAAAGAAACGCCGUGGUGCUCCCCCAUUAAGGUGAAACAUGGCUAUGCGAACUGCAGGACACCUCAAGGGCAAUACUACAAGAAUGUAUUGGGGACAAGAUGUGAUAUUCGCUGUCAAAAAGGCUACGAACUGCAUGGCCCUCAGCAGCUAAUUUGUCAGUCAAGCAAACGCUGGUCUGGGAAAGUGCUGUGCAAACAAAAACGCUGUCCCACCCUGUCCAUGCCGACCAAUGGGGGCUUCAAGUGUUUAGACGGUGCCUACUUUGGCUCCAGGUGUGAGUACUACUGUUCACCAGGGUACCAGCUGAAAGGCGACCGUAUAGUGACGUGCAUGGACAACAAAGUUUGGAGUGGCCGGCCAGCGUCCUGCGUUGACACUGAACCUCCAAGAAUCCAGUGCCCAAGCGUGAAGGAGAAAACCGCGGAGCCCAACAAGCUGACGGCCAGAGUGUUCUGGGACACCCCAGAGGGACGGGACACUGCUGACGGGAUUCUCACAGAUGUUAUUUUGAAAGGCUUGCCACCAGGGUCACAUUUUCCAGAAGGCGACCACAAAAUCCAAUAUACUGUGUAUGACAGAGCUGAAAACAAAGGCACUUGCAAAUUUCUUGUUAAAGUCAGAGUCAGGCGCUGUGUGAAAUUAAACGCCCCAGAUAAUGGCUACAUCAAGUGUUCAGGCGAUGGAAAUAACUAUGGCGCUACGUGCGAGUUCUCCUGCAUUGGUGGCUAUGAGUUGCAAGGAAGCCCAGCCAGAGUGUGCCAGUACAAUUUGGGGUGGUCAGGAGUGGAGCCAACCUGUGCGCCCAUGAAUAUUAAUGUGAAUGUGAGGACUGCAGCUGCACUUCUGGAUCAGUUUUAUGAGAAGCGGAGACUGCUAAUUAUUUCAACUCCUACUGCAGCCAACUUCUUCUACAGGAUGCAGUUGGGAAUGCUGCAGCCAGCACAGUGUGGUUUAGACCUCCGACAUGUUACUGUAGUUGAAUUGGUUGGUGUCUUCCCUGCACAGAUAGGAAGAAUUGGUGUAAAGCUGCUGCCCCCAUCACUUGCUCUGCAACUCAGGCUGCUGCUGAGGAUCCCCCACUACAAUUUCAACAUCGUGGUGAUGGACAAGCAUGGAAUGGACAAGGAACGCUAUCCUUUCCCAGCAACGCCAGCCGAGCUCUUUGCACUUAUUGACAAUUUCCCCUUGAGAAAAGAAGAAAUGAAACUGCAAGCAGAAAUUGGUCAGUCCUGUCCCUAAUUUAGGAUUGCAAGGCUUGCAGUUGUCAGUGAAUUUUUUUAACCCCACGUAAUUCUCCCCCUGGUGCUACACAAAGCAUGCCUUUUUAAUCACUGAUGUACAGAUUUUUUGUGUGUAUUAUUAAGUCUGUCUGGCUGUGUAGCUACUCUGAAUAGAAGUAUGCAUGAUGCUUUUUUAUACUUUCAGCCAUCUUUAGAGAAAUGUGUACGUAGGAUUACUACCCAGUGGCAUUUCUUGUACAGAGAGUGAAGAACUGAGGCACGUUUCUGGGAGUUUAUUUUGGAUUUUUCAUUCAGUGUAAAAUUGAGGUUUCUUUCCUACUGUUUUUAAGUCUUUUUAAUAAAAUAUUGUUUUGCAAAGA